AUGCUCCUCUCCCCUGGCACGCGCGUCGCGCGGCGCGGCGACACGGCCACCGUCGCGUACGUUGGCCCUCUGCCACCGCACGAGGGGACAUGGUACGGCGUCGUGUGGGACCGUGCGCCACGCCAGGGCUCGUUCCUCCCGGCCUCGGCGCGCCUCGACACGGGCGUAUCGUUUGUGGAUGCCAUGGCCCAAAAGUACGGCACCGGCCCCGAGGUACGUGCGCUCUCGGUAGCGAGCUUGGUGGGCGCGCCGCCCCCGCCCGCCCUGGCGGAUGCCUCGUGCGUGUACGUACGCUGUGCAUACCCGGACGGCGCCACAGGGCCCAUGCCGUACACGCAUCUCGGGACCAUCGACCUCUCGCGCUCCCUGCUGGCCGACUGGGACGAGGUCGCGCGGAUCGCUGCGCCUCUGCCACUGCAUACGCUCGUCCUGCAGCAAGUGCGCCUCCGCCGCGCCAUGCAGGUGCCUGCCGCCUUUGCGCAGCUCAAGUGCCUGCACUUGAAUGAUACCCGUACUGACUGGGCGCAGGCCCUCGUCCUGGGGCACGCGAUGCCUGCGCUGACGACGCUGCAGCUCGCGCACAACGGGAUAGAGGCGCUUGGUCCCUCGCAGGACGCAGGCGCAGCGUUUCCGUGCCUCACGUCGCUGCACCUGGGCGGCAACCGCUUGCGCAGCAGCGAAGAUCUAGGCGCAGCGCUCCAGUCGAUCGCGUCGCUGCGUCAGCUCCUGCUGAGUGGCAACGAGCUGACCCACAUCACGCCCAUGGCACGCCCCCUGGCGCAGCUGGACGAGGUGCACCUCGCGGACAACCCACUCGAGGCGUCCAGUGUGCCAGUGUUGGAAUCGUGGAUGGCUGUGCCCUACGCGCUUGUACUGCCGCCGCUCAGGGGCGAUGAGGAGGCGACUCGACUGUGGGCUAUUGCGCAGCUGCCGCGCCUCGCACGCCUAAAUCACACGCCCAUCACGCCACACGAGCGCACAGACGCAGAGCGCUACUUUUUGACCAUCGCGUCGCCAGACGACCCACGGUAUGGUGCGCUGUGUGAGGUGCACGGUGCGCCAGUCCGCGCGGCACCGCGCACGCUGCGCGACAAUAUGGUGGACCUGCGCUGGGCGCGCGCGGCGCAUGCGCCGGCCGUGGCUGACGUGCCCGCCCUCCGUGCACAGGCGCAGCAGCUGUCGAUGCUGGCCACGACACCCGUGCGGUCCGUGCUGCGUCAUGUGGCCAGAGCUUGCGCGGCGCCUCGCACCGCGUCCUUGUGGGCCGUCUUGGCCGCUGAGCCCGAGCCACUGGUCGUCGCCAUGGACGAUGGCUGGCAGGACCUUGCGUGGUAUGGAGUGCAGUCAGGCGACCUCGUCGUACUUGUAGACUAG